AUGUCGGUCGUGCCGUCAAGGACUCGGGCUCUGGAGACCACGAAGGCCAGCAAUGAGAAGCUCGGACUCGGUUACAUUGAUCUGUAUCUGCUCCAUGCCCCGGGUGACGUCGCUACGCGUGAUGAGACCUGGCGUGCACUUGAAGAACUGCAUGAACAGGGGAUUCUGAAGGAUAUCGGUGUGUCCAACUUUGGUGAAGCUCAUCUCGAGAAGUUGUUGAACACUGCCAAGGUGAAACCCGCGGUGAACCAGGUGGAACUGCAUCCGUGGCUUAUGCGUCCGACGUUGGUGAAGUACUGCAAGGAGCACGACAUUCUGCUUGAGGCGUACUCGCCACUUGCCAAAGCUAUCAAGCUUUCGGAUCCGACGCUGGUUGAGAUCGCCAACGAGGUGGGAGUAACCCCAGCUCAAGUGCUGGUGGCCUUCAGUCUGGCAAACGACUUUAUCACGCUGCCGAAGUCCGUGAACCCCGAUCGCCAGAAGGCCAAUUUGGACGCCGUGGAUGUCAAACUGACACCUACUCAGAUCGCGAAACUUGCGGCACUGGACGAGUAUCUGGUCACGGGGUGGGACCCGAUCAAGGACCACGCCGUCUAA